GCGUGUCCGUUUCGUUACGCGGAAAAAAAAAAGGCCGAGGUACAGCGGACGCGGACGGACCGACGGACUGGCGGUCUAUCCUCCCUCCCUCCAUCCCUCCCUCCCUCCCGCGCUCGUCUCCACCUCACGUGCGUCCCUCAGCUUCUUCCAAAUGGCAACGACGGCGCACGACCAGCGGGAACCGGCGGACGUCGCCGCCGCCGCGCUCUCGCCGCACCGCGGCUGCUGCCGCCAGCACGGCAACGGCAACGGCAACAACAACAACAACAACAACAACAACAACAACAAAGACAGCGAGGCGGGAGAGAGCGCGAGCGAACCCGGCGCGGCGUCGCAGGGCAUCGGUAACGGCUCUGUGAUCCAGCCCACCGGGGGGAACAACGGGAAGUGGGUCCGCCUGAACGUCGGCGGCACGGUGUUCCUCACGACGAGGCAGACGCUCCUCAAGGAGCAAACUUCGUUCCUGUACCGGCUGUGCCAGCAGCAGGACCUGCAUUCAGACACGGACGAGACGGGGGCCUAUGUGAUCGACAGAGACCCCACCUACUUCGGCCCCAUCCUCAACUAUUUACGGCACGGCAAACUGGUCUACAACAAGGAGCUGGCUGAAGAAGGUGUCCUGGAGGAGGCCGAGUUUUACAACAUCACGCCCCUGAUCAAACUGAUCAAGGAGCGGAUCGUGGAGAGGGACUCCAAAGCCACGCAGGUGCCCCCCAAGCACGUCUACCGUGUGUUGCAGUGUCAGGAGGAGGAGCUUACCCAGAUGGUCUCCACGAUGUCGGACGGCUGGAAGUUUGAGCAGGUCAGCGUGCGCGCCUGCAGAAAGCCCCGCACCGGACUGCUCUGGACUAUGGUGAACAUCGGCUCGUCGUACAGCUACGGAACAGAAGACCAGGCUGAGUUUCUGUGUGUCGUGUCAAAGGAGCUGCACACACCCGGAUCUGGACUAGCCACAGAGCAGAGCCACAAAACUAAGCCGGCGGAGACGCAGGAGGAGGAAGCAGCGAAGGAUGAGGAGGAGGAGGAGGAGGAGGGAGGGAGAGAUACCACACCAAAUGAGUGGCUUAGAGAAUGAGGGAGUCAUGUUGCUUUGUUCCAAAGAGAGGCGGCUUUUCCAGAUCCAUGGGUCCCGGAUGUAAAAAUUUAAAGAACUUUUUAAAGUUAUUUUCUUCAUGGCUUAUUACAACAUUCUGUACAUAAUGUUGUGUGAUGUGUGUUGCGUCGAUGGGCAGUCGUCAAAAAGAUUUGUAGCAUUGUUAUCAGUUCACUGAGAAAAUGCCAGUGAGUAAGAUUACCAAAAGACCAAAAUGUCUAUGUCAGGCGCUGGGAAGUCAUCAGAAAUAUUCUUCAGUCAAACAGAUUUUAUUGGCAGAAAUAAAUCGUAUGUGCAGAUGUUAUAUUGCCAGGGCGGAAGUGGAGUUAAGUAAAUUAUAACCAAAGAAUCAGAUGAACGCUGGCUGAACCAAGGUGCUUAAUUAAAAUUGACUUGUUCUUGAUUAUGUAGUCUGGAGCUGUCGCUGCGUCACUAUGACCUAACAGAUAGCAGAUGGUGCAAAUGGACCAGAUUGCAUCUGUGCUGUGCCAUUCUGGAUUAUUAUAUUUCCCUGAUGGCAACACAGCUGGCAUGGAGGCAUUAAUCAACGAUGCAAAAUGAAACCAAUAUUGUAGCGCUUACUUUCCUCCCAAUGAUGGAUGCAGUUGUUCCCCUUUAACACUAUUAUUCCUGUAGUCUUCUCAUAUUUGCUCAAGAAAGAGGGGAAAAAAACCUGCAAUGCCAAAAAAAAAACAAGGAUCCCACCAGCCUUUAACUGCAAACAUUUUAGCAAAGACCAACUCUUUAGUUUAUCGUUAAUCAUGUAGGAAAUAAUGUGAGUGAUGUAGUUUGUUGUUGUUCCCAGUGAGAAUUUGGGUUAUCACUGGUUUGAUCUCACCGUACACGGACAGAUUCUGGCACCACAUACAAAAGCUUGUUAAAAUACCCGUUCUGGGCUCACUGAUGGCCACAUAAGCGAGUCGCGUACCACCUUGCGGUUGUUAUUAUGGCGCUGUCAGUGUGAACAUUGUUUAACACUGGUUUGACUUUGUCGUAGUUAAUGUUAACUAGGCAUGUAUGGGAGAGAUACCACAGGUCAAUGUACAAAGGCUCCAUCGGAGUCACUGUCCACCAGAGCUAAGAGCAAGAACAGCCAGCGCUUACACACUACUUUCACCCUGCACCAGUGCCCCGGUGCAUACCUGCGUCACCUCGUGCUGGUGCAUGCUCAGCAGCAGCAGCAGUGUCGUCUCAGUCUGCCGCCCUGGCCGACAUCCAGAGCCCACUUUGGCCCCAGCUGACGAGAGUCAGGAAAGGCUUGAACAGAGACACACAGAGAAGGGGGGAGGGAGAGGACGUAGAUCAAACCAUGGAGGGGAGGUAGAGACGGGAGAGUGAAGUGAUAGUCGCCGCGUCCUUUGUCUGUCUUUGUUACGAUAAAGAAGGGAACUUAAAUCACACUAUCAGCUCCCAUAGCGGACGGAUCUGCCACACUGCAGGUAUACGAUUGAAAAAAGGUUCUAAAAAGCUGUUGGUAACACAUGACUUUUAACAACCUCUCCUGGCACAUUGUAGGAACUGCAGCACAUUGAUUUCCCCUGCACUGGUCUGUGGCACAACCCCUGUUAGUAGUUUGUGAUGGCAUGUAAUGAAAUUAACUGUAUGAAUUGAGUGUAGGAGAAUUUAUUUUUAGGAGUCAUUCCACAAAUAGCCCCCCCAUGAUGUUUCAACAGCAUCUGGAGGUGUAAUUGUUGAAUGUCAGAAAACAAUAAAGAGAAAAAGGAUGUUCAGAUUAUAUCAGCAGGCAAAAAUGUGUAAAUACUAGGCUCGUCAAAAUAACUUGUUAAUUAAAGGAGACAUAUCAUGAUCAUAUUCAGCUUAAAAAAAUUGAUUCGGGUUAUUACUUGAAAAGGUUUACAUGCUCUAAUGUUCAGUAAACACAUCAGAUUUCUCAUGCUGUCCAUUCCUCCAGCUGCUCUUUUCAGCCUCUGUCUGAAACACUUUAACAUUACGUUCAUUUAGCUGACGCUUUUGUCCAAAGCGACUUACAAUAAGUGCAUUCAAUCAUGAAGAUAUUACCCAAAAAGUGCAAGAGUUGUGCAAGUACAUGGAAAUUUAUCAAAUAGGCAAAAUGCUCCAUUUUAGAAUUGUAUUUAUUUUAUUUUGAUGAUUCAUGGAAUAAGGUGCAGUCUGAACAGGUGAAUAUUCAGUCUGCCAAGGGAAGGUAUGUAGGGUUUCUGAUGUCAAUGGGGAGAACUGAAAAAGCAUAAUAUGUCUCCUUUAGGAAAAGUAAUGCUUCAAUUCAAACCCUCCUGUGCCACCGCAGUCGCACAUUUCCGACGAGCACAGUUCACAGGAAGAAUCAACUGUGUCUUGAUGUCAAAGAUGGCUGACAUUGUUUGCGUUAAACUUUAAACACAAAAAGCUCUACAACAGCACUAAUGGAACUGCAGGGCCACAUCCCUUAUGUUUACUUUUUGUACAUUUAUUAUUCGGUGCACUACGUAACUCGCUUUUCACAGUAGAUAUUGAUAUCUGUGAUUAUUUCAGAUGAAUGAAUCACAAAGUAUGUUAUUUAAUAAUUUUUUUUUAUUGCUUAAUGCCCUAGUAAACAGGCAACUUUAAGUCUACGAUGUGUCUACAAUUGCGCAACCUCAUGUCGCAGCUUGCGGGAGAAUAUUAUGCUCACGUGACUCAAACACAAAUAGCCAGUGCAGCUCGUUGGCUCCACUCACUGAGCUUUACUUCGACCACCAAUAGAUUAAUUCUGCUGCCACGUUGUGUUGGCUGACAGCGUCAUGUCUGACGCCUAUUGCUGUUUAGCUCCUGUGUAACACUGACUGACCCACAACAUACAGGGAACACAGAUAUACUUCAGGGCAAUAAGCAGUUAAGAGUGUGAGACAAAAGAGAAUUAAGAUCAUAGUUGGCAACCUUUUUUAAGUAACAUUUUGACAAAUCAAUCUGGGAAAAAAAUAGGCCGUAAGUAAAAUAUUGUGUAUGUGUGUGUGUGUGUGUGCAAAAGGCAAAGAGUGUCUUGUCCAUUUAUUGCAUGAAAUAGAAACAGAUAAGGACCUAUAGGAUCCUUGCAAUACCUAACUGGGUGGAUUUGGAGAAUACAAUACACGUUAGAAUAGUGAAGAUACAGUUGGUCACUGUGCUUAUGAUAAUCACAACAAAGACAUUAGCAGGAGGGAUAAGACUGAACGAGAUAGUUAUGUUAUUGUUUUAUUACUUCAGCUUCGUUUGUAACUUGGAUCAUUCGGUGCCUUGAUUUCAAGCAGCAAAGCUGGGCAUCUCUAAAGAUAAUGAUCAUGUUUUUCAGUUGUUGUUUUUUAAACUGCUGAUUUAAUAUUUACGUCACAAAAUUGGUAUUUUACCAUUUCUCUUAGGGUCCAGUUCACUUUUUUCCAGCACUAUUGCUAGAAUUUAAUUUCGUACAGCGAUAAAGAAAGUACACACACUGAACAUGAAGCGGCAUGCUUGAGGUAAUGUUGUUUAAAGCAGCUCUUGUUGAAGGGUUUUAGCUGUUUUGUAUAAAACGUCAGCCUUUUUCUUUCGUACAUUUCUGUUUAAUUUAUUCUUGAUAUGUUUUUUUUAAUGCUACACAUUAAAAAGAAUUUGGGCUUAAGACUUUUUUAGGGGUGGGGGUGUGAUAUCAUCUGUGUGUUUCAUUGACCUGAUCUUCAACAAUAAUUAGAAAAACUUCCAUCAGACUUGAAUACAUUUUGGUCUUAGUUCACAUAAAUGCUGUUAAACAGGAAUAGAGUUCAGAGUUUUCCUAUCAACUAAAGUGUAUUCUCCUUAACUCAUUUUUAUAAAUUUCAGUUUGCACAUCCAGUGACCUUGUUUGGUUUAUUGGAUUCACACUGACCUUAUUCAUUUUUACACUAUUUGUUGAUUGGUUUCUGCUGUACAAAAGUUUGUUUUCACAAGGUAUUUAGUUUGUCCAAGUCUGUAUAGCAGUCCUCUUUUAUUAAUCUUUAACUAAACAAAACCAUGUUUAUCUGAUGCUGGAGUCUCAGCUUUCUGCUGUCCAUAUGCUGUCAUAUCCGAACACAUAAAUCAGAACAAUGUGACAAAGGGGUUGCAAGGCCUCAGAUAAACUGUACAGACUUUCAAGAAACUCUGUUUUCUUUUUAAUUCAACUGUACUGAGCAACAUACAUAUUCAACAAUGUGACGGAAAGUCAUUUCCUUUUCUUUUUUUACUUAUUGUAAAUGAAUGUCACCAUUCUCAACAAAAAUAAAACUUUGUCAUUGGGUUAAAAUGCUGA